UCCGUUUGUGAUGUACAGGCGAUUCGUCGAGACACUGCAACGCCUCUAAUUCUCCCAAUAAAUUGCUCCACCUACCAUGGGUGACUCCUGUCUCACUGCAUACCUAGUCUCCAUUGUAGACAAUCAUUCUCGACUUGUUGACAGCGAAAAAUAUUCGAUCAAUUCUGCAUACAACAGCAUCCAUUCAAUCCGCCAUUAUGGCAUCAGAGAUAGAGGCUGACUAUUCGGCGCGCCCUGACGGCCCGGAUGACAAUGAGAUCAUGCUACAAACCCAACGAAAACUACCACUCACUUUACCAUGGGGCCACACACCUAUUCGACUGGGGACUACCUUUCAUUCAAGCCGGCAGUCCACAAAGAAUCCUUGGUCCGAUGAGACACCGUUCGUGCUAUCCGAUCUGCACAUGAUCCCCAAAGAGCUGCACUUUGAGUAUGGCACUACAUCGACCUUCAAGAAGGUUUCAACAAGAAGGGAACGCGAAACGAAAGAUCAUCUCACGCUAGGUUUCGGCGUGGGCGUUGGUCUUCCGUUCCUUGCCGCUGCAAGUGUGAAAGGCGAAUUUGAUCAGAACAUUGAGGAGAAUCGAGAUUCUGAAAAGAUAUCCUUGAACUCAAGUUGUCGUGCCGGAACUAUUGAAUUUCAGAGGCAGCCUCGCUUGAACAAAGAGGCGAUCAUAGAGAUUAAAUACGGUGGAGGCUAUGAAGCUCUUUGCAAGAAAUAUGGCGACUAUUAUCUCUCAGGGUACCGGCUCGGUGGGGAUACUGGUAUCCUGAUAAGUGCAGCCGGGCAUACACGCAAUCAGAUUGACACUUACGGCAUUACAGCCACGGUCACAGUCCUUAUGAUCUCGGCUAGUAAGCACUGGGAUAAAGACUUCAGAUCAUUCGUCGCUGGUCGCAGUACGAAACUGCUAGGUUACGAUACCAUCGACGGAAAGACAUGGAAACGAUCUAGCGCAGAAGGCGCGGAGAUUAAAGAAAUGCAGGCUUGGGGUGGCUACGAUCCCGAAGUGGAUAAUGGCUCGCUUCGAGCCGAUGCAGAUGCUAUCCUGACACGGUCGGAAAAUACUUUGGAACGUAUCUUGGACAUACUAGAGAAACAUGGCUAUAGAAAUAGCGCGAGUUUGACAUUCAAUCAGUGCGAAGAGCUUGUCGCAGAAGGAGUCGUGGUCGAGCUGCUGCUUCAGCCGCUUUGGAGACUACGCGAUGUAGUGCAAUGGCGGUUGGAAGAUAACAUCAUAUGAGCAGAACAAAGUCUUUGUAAGUUAUCUAGUUGUAGUUCCGAUAUCAGCUAUGGGACUCUAGCAGCCUCUUCGUUGAUGAUACAUGUAACGAGCGAAUCAGUCUC